UGCCAUAGCCUCACAGGCCCUUUCCCAGUUUCCCUUCACUUCUUUGCGACAACACGUGCAGGAAUCAAAAUACAAGUUAAAAUAUAGAAAGAAAAAAGAAUCACAAAGUUCAAUUAUAUUUGAUUUGCAUGUAAUUUUUCUUGUCAUUUAAUUACUCCAAUUUGUUAUUCACAAUGCGUUACUCUUAUUGUAUUUGCAUACAUUUAAUUUGAAGGGGUUGAUAGGGGGCGCUUAAUUCAAAAUUAUGGGGGAAGAUGGACAAAGUAAGAGGAGAAUCGCCAUCAUUGGGGUCUCUACCAUCUUUCUAGUGGCUAUGGUCGUGGCGGUCGCAGUUGGUGUCAAUUACUUCAAUUUGAACGGUGGUUCCAACGAUGAUGCACACGAUGACAAGUCCCAAAUUGCUUCCUCUGUGAAAGCGGUGAAAACCCUUUGCAAACCCACGGAUUACCAGAAAGAAUGCGAGAAAAGCUUGCGUGCAGAAGCUGGAAACACCACGGACCCAAGAGAACUCAUCAAAAUUGCCUUCAAAAUAACCAUUAAGAAAAUGGGAAACGGGCUCAAGAAAACGGAUUUCAUGCACGAGGUUGAGAAUGACCCUAGAUCCAAGAUGGCACUCGAAACAUGCAAGCAACUCAUGAAUCUUUCCAUUGAUGAAUUCAAGAGGUCGCUUGAGAGAAUGGGAAAGUUUGAUCUCAACAACCUCGACAACAUCCUCAAUAGUUUAAGGGUGUGGCUUAGCGGUGCAAUCACGUACCAAGAGACAUGCUUGGAUGGCUUCAAGAACACCACCAACAAAGCAGGGAAUAAGAUGAAGAACUUGUUAAAGAGUACCAUGCACAUGAGUAGCAAUGCCCUUGCAAUCAUAUCAGAACUUGCAGACACUGUUGUGAAAGUGAAUGUGACGACCAAAGAUAUUGGGCAUCGCCAGCUUGUUGAGGAUUCUGGGGACGAACAUGUUUUUGGUCAACACAAGGUUAUACCCUCGUGGGUUGAGGAUGAGGAGGAUGGUGUUGGUGUUGGUGUUCGUAGGUUACUUCAUGAAAGUGCUUACAAAAUCAAGCCUAAUGUGGUUGUGGCCAAAGAUGGUAGUGGAAAGUACAAGAGCAUCAACCAGGCAUUGAAGAAGGUGCCUGAGAAGAACCAAAAGCCAUUCGUGAUUUACAUUAAAGAGGGUGUUUACCAUGAGUAUGUUGAAGUUGCUAAGAAAAUGACCCAUGUGGUGUUUGUGGGUGAUGGUAGCAAAAAGACACGAAUCACCGGCAACAAAAACUUCGUAGAUGGACUUAAUACUUACAGAACUGCCUCUGUUGCUGUUGAAGGAGAUUAUUUUGUAGCCGUGAAUAUAGGGUUUGAGAACUCUGCUGGCCCCGAAAAGCAUCAAGCAGUAGCCAUAAGGGUCCAAGCAGACAAAUCCAUUUUCUAUAAAUGCUCAAUGGAUGGGUACCAAGACACACUGUAUGCUCAUGCCAUGCGUCAAUUCUAUCGUGAUUGCACAAUUUCAGGCACCGUAGACUUCGUCUUUGGUGAUGCAGUGGCUGUUUUCCAGAACUGCACUUUCGUGGUCAGAAAAGCAUUAGAAAACCAGCAAUGCAUUGUGACAGCACAAGGCAGAAAAGAGAGACACCAACCAUCAGGAACAGUGAUCCAAGGGAGCUCCAUUGUGUCAAAUCACACAGAGAAUCUUGAUAACAAGGCUUACCUAGCGCGUCCAUGGAAGAAUCACUCAAGGACCAUCUUCAUGAACACUUACAUUGAGGCUUUGAUUCAACCAGAAGGGUAUAUGCCAUGGCAAGGACAAAAUGGUCUUUCGGGUAUGGAUAAUUGUUUCUAUGCCGAGUACAAUAACACUGGUCCUGGCUCAAAUAAAUCCAAGCGUGUAAAAUGGCGAGGGAUCAUUACCCUCACUUCAGAAUCCGUAAGCCGUUACUCUCCAUACAAAUUUUUUCAUGGAGAUGAUUGGAUCAAAGUUACUAGGAUUCCUUACUAUUCUGCUGUCACGGCCCCAAAACACUAAAUAGUAUUUUUUUUAGCGAGGAGCAUGCGUGCUAGUAUAUGCCUCCCGAGACUAGUAGCUUUUAAUGCUUGUGUCUUUCGAUCACAUUUAUUUUAGUUUGAAGAAGUCUUGUAUAUACUGUAAUUUUGCCGCAAACUGCAGAUAGAUUA